CACAUGUGCUGAUCUUUGAUUAUUAUGAUUUCUUCUGCAGUGGCAGCUCUUCGGGAGUAGGAAACAAGUUUCAGCACUUCAUCAACUUCAGCACGAUUAUGAGUAUAAUACCAUGUCUAACGUGGGUAAAGCGAGGCGUCGCUAAAAAUACGCCAGAGAAAGUAAAACUGGACAAGGAGGACCUGAAGAGAAUCAUAGAAGAAACUAGAGAAGAAUUAGACGAAGAUGAACCAGCUGACACAUCAGAAGAGGAGGAAGAGGAGAAUGAAGGAGCUACAGGAGGGAAGAUGAUGAAGGCCCAAAAACUAGAAAAAGGGAAGAGGAUGCAUGAAGAUGAUGGAGGCAUGGAGGUUGAUGAUAUAGUAGACAGAUAUGGAUUAGACGAUUAUGAUGAUGAUGACAAUGAAGAUGCUCCGAAUCCCCUGAAAGGACUUGGUAACUUGGUGUACUAUACAAGCAAUGAUGAUGAUCCCUUCAUCACACUUAAAGAUGAGAAGGACAGUGAUGAUGAAGAGUAUGAGGUGAAGAACACAGACAAUAUGGUGGUGGUGGGUAAGGUGUCAGAAGAAAGCUGUAAUCUAGAUAUCUAUGUUUAUAACGAGGAGUAUGGUAACUUAUAUAUCCAUCACGAUGUCAUCCUAUCUACAUUUCCCCUGUGUGUGGAAUGGCUCAACUAUGAUGUUUGUGAUCAAGACACAGGUAAUUUUGUUGCUGUGGGAACCAUGGACCCAGUGAUAGAGAUCUGGGACCUAGACAUUGUUGACUCCCUGGAGCCAGUUGCUAUGCUGGGAAGCAAACCUUCAAAGAAAAAGAAGAAAAAAAUGAAAGGAGUGAUGGGCCACACAGACUCAGUUCUUGAUUUGUCCUGGAAUUCUAACAUAAGAAAUGUACUGGCUAGUGCAUCAGCAGACUUCACUGUGGGACUGUGGGACUUAAAUGAAGGCAAAAUUGUCACAUCAAUCACACAACAUAAAGAAAAGGUUCAGAGUAUAAAAUGGCAUCCAGUUGAAUCCCAAUCUCUGCUCUCUGGGUCAUUUGACAACACGGUGAAGGUGUAUGAUUGUCGGAGUCCUAAUGACACGUUCAAAAGCUGGAAUCUGGAUGGAGAGAUAGAGAGGGUCAUCUGGGACUCGUACUCUCCUCUCAACUUCUUUGCAAGUACUGACUCGGGGCGAGUGUACUACCUAGACUCGCGCACAGAUAAACCACUAUACACUCUCUCUGCACACAACAAGGCUGUAACAGGACUGGCACUGAGCAGCAGUGUUAAGGGCCUUCUGACCACGGCCUCUGCAGAUCAGUCACUCAAGGUGUGGGAUGUCCUUGACAACAAGCCCUCACUGAUCCUGGAAAAAGAUCUUAAAUUGAAUGAUCUACAUUGCUUGUGUGCCUGUCCAGAAGCUCCAUUUGUAUUUGCUGUUGGAGGAGAAAAGGAAUUAAGGGUUUGGGACAUAAGAAGCAGUGCUGCAGUCCGUAAGCACUUUUUCAAUCGUGCUCCCUCUGGUGUCACAAUGGAGGAUCUUGAUGAAGGGGAAACAACAGCUGCUUUUGAAAGCUUGGAUCUUGAUAAAGAUUCUGAUGCAGAAGAAAUGGAAGAACUCAUUGCAGGAUUUUCUGGAGCCCCCCAAACUACAGUAGCAGCAUCUGCCACUAAUUCAACGAAAAAGAAAAAGAAGAAGAAAAAGAAGCCUAAACAUAAACCGUCUUGAAAAUUCUUGUUGCAUAACUUUCACCAAAAAUAAAUUUUAUUAUUUAAUA